CGCCAGGCCCUGCGGGCCACGCCCUCAGCGGCCCUGGUGUUCGCACGUCCGGCCGGCCCUCCUCCCAUUCCUCGGGUCUGGCCAGGCUGAGGCGCUGCUGUUCGGGCCGGGAAACCGAGACGUGGCUCCCGGGCGGAGGAACCAUGUUGGACUUCGCGAUCUUCGCGGUUACCUUCCUGCUGGCGUUGGUGGGAGCGGUGCUCUACCUCUACCCGGCUUCCAGACAAGCUGCAGGAAUUCCAGGGAUUACUCCAACAGAAGAAAAAGAUGGUAAUCUUCCAGAUAUUGUGAACAGUGGAAGUUUGCACGAGUUCCUUGUUAAUUUGCAUGAGAGAUACGGGCCUGUGGUCUCUUUCUGGUUUGGGAGGCGCCUUGUGGUUAGUUUGGGCACUGUUGAUGUACUGAAGCAGCAUAUCAACCCCAAUAAGACAUCGGACCCUUUUGAAACCAUGCUAAAGUCUUUAUUAAGGUAUCAGUCUGAUAGUGGGAACAUGAGCGAAAACCACCUGAGGAAAAAAUUGUACGAAAAUGGUGUGACUAAUUCUUUGCAGGGUAAUUUUGCUCUCCUGCUAAAGCUUUCAGAAGAAUUAUUAGAUAAAUGGCUCGCCUACCCUGAGUCCCAGCAUGUACCCCUCUGCCAGCAUAUGCUUGGUUUUGCUAUGAAGUCUGUUACGCAGAUGGUAAUGGGUAGUACAUUUGAGGAUGAACAAGAAGUCAUUGACUUCCAGAAGAAUCAUGGCACAGUUUGGUCUGAGAUUGGAAAAGGCUUUCUAGAUGGAUCACUUGAUAAAAGUACAACUCGGAAAAAACAAUAUGAAGAUGCCCUUAUGCAGCUGGAAUCUAUUUUAAAGAAAAUCAUAAAAGAAAGAAAAGGAAGGAACUUCAGUCAACAUGUUUUCAUUGACUCCUUGGUACAGGGGAACCUUAAUGACCAACAGAUCCUAGAAGACAGUAUGAUAUUUUCUCUGGCCAGUUGUGUAAUAACUGCAAAAUUGUGCACCUGGACAAUCUGUUUUUUAACCACUUAUGAAGAAGUUCAGAAAAAACUGUAUGAAGAGAUAGACCAAGUUUUUGGGAAGGGUCCUAUUAUUCCAGAGAAAAUUGAGGAGCUCAGAUAUUGUCGGCAAGUGCUUUGUGAAACUGUUCGGGCUGCCAAACUGACCCCGGUCUCUGCCCGGCUUCAAGAUAUUGAAGGAAAGAUUGACACAUUUAUUAUUCCUAAGGAGACUCUUGUCCUAUAUGCCCUUGGAGUGGUACUUCAGGAUCCCAGUACUUGGUCAUCACCAUACAAGUUUGAUCCAGAGCGGUUUGAUGAUGAAUCGGUAAUGAAGACUUUCUCCUUGCUUGGAUUCUCAGGCCCACAGGAAUGCCCAGAGCUGAGGUUUGCAUAUAUGGUGACCACUGUACUUUUGAGUGUACUGGUGAGGAGACUGCACCUACUUUCUGUGGAGGGACAAGUUAUUGAAACUAAGUAUGAACUGGUAACCUCGUCCAAGGAAGAAGCUUGGAUCACUGUCUCAAAGAGAUAUUGAAAUUGUAUACAUUUAACUUUGUUGAGGAAAAUGACCAUUUAGAAAAUCUGUAUUGAAUCCUUUUAUAAACCAAACAUCAUUGUGUUGUAUAAACACCUUUUAGUACUUCAUCAUGUAAAUUUGGAUUUUUGUAUCACAUUUUCUUAAUGCAUGAUUUACAUUUAUACUUAUUGCAUCAAUAUAGUGCUACUUUUAAUUUUUUAUCACUUUCUAUAUCAUUAAUUGCGUAUCAUUAGCCUUAGUGUGAUCUCUAAAAUUAAUAUUCUCGAAGAGGAAUUAUUUUGCACAAUAAUGUUUUCUAAACAUUCAUAAAAAAGUACUUUUUGUACUUUAAAUAAAUCCUUUUAAUGGGGAAAAAAAGGACUUUUCAUAAUUUUAUUUAUUGGAUUAAUAUUUUUAUUUUUAAGGAUAAAUGAAUUUGUGUUUAAUCCUUGUUAUUAGGUUUGAAUAACUCAUUGAAUAACCUACCUUAUAUUUGCUAUUGUUAUGCCUCCCCAGACAACAGUGUUCAUUUCAUGACUUAUACAGGGCUCAUUGUUUCGAAUAGUUCUGAAUCAUUUGGAAAAUAAUAGUUAUUUUUUAAUGUGUUUUGAAGUGUCCUUCCUAAGUAGCCAACUAAGAUUGAGGCUUGUGUGUUCUUUUUUGCUUGAAAUCUUAGUAGUAAUAUAGUACUCCACCAAUUCUCAUUUGUGGAAAAAACUGAACUUGUUAUUUUUUAUUGUUUCAUAUCCUAACCAUAAUGAACUUAUGAUUAAGAAAUGAGGGAGCAUUAACCAAAAACCAAAUUCAAAUUUAAAAAAGAAAACAAAGGUGGGUGAAAACAUUCUCAAAAUAUGUGACAGAAAGGGCUGAUACCCAUAUUGCAUAUAAGGAGCUCAUACAAAUUGGUAAGAAAACCUACUGUAGACAUAUGGGCAAAAGACAUGAAUAUACAGCUUUUACAAGGGGAAACAACUAAUAAACUUUUAGAAAAAUGAUCACUCUCACUAGUAAGCAAGGAAAUACUGGGGCUUUUUCAAAAAUAUGUUAACUUUCAUAAUUGACUUUUUAGUCCUAAUAAGUUUUAUAUUUAAUACCUUUUUUAUUGACAGAAUUGUAUUUUAGUUCACUUUUUUGGUUACACUGUUCUUGGAGAAUUCUAUUUUAAAAUUUUUUUUUAAAGAUGAUAACCAAAGGAAAUAUGCCUAGUGCUGAUAGAGAGGAAAGGAAGAAUAAUGAUAAAUGUCUGCAAAUGGGCUUUUUUUGACACUGCUGAAUUUCUCUUGCAAUUUUGGUUUCAAGAACAUACCCUAGUUAUUAAUUGAAUUAUUUUAUGCUGUGUUUAUGGUUAUAUAGCUAACAUUUUAGUCCUUGUAAUGAGUGGUUAGACAUAGAAACUAAGUUAUUAGACGCAGCUUUAUUUUUGACAAAAACAUUUAAUUUAUGGAAUAAUUUAAAUUCUGAAACCUUGAAAGAAAUGUAUUUUUAGUUCCUCGCAUGUAUGUUGUUUCUAUAAAGGCAUGUUGUUAAAUUUAUUCCCUCCCCGCCUAGCAUUUUCUAUCGUUUUGUAUAUAUGGAGCAACUUCCUUUGUUAUUUGCGUACCUGACUUAAUCGGUUUGGAAACUGGCAGUGGAAGGUUAGAGUAGACAAUCAUAGGUAAACCAAGUGUCAAUAAAAUUAAACAAGAUAAGUGGAAUUUUA